GCAAUCCGGUCUGUCUAACUCUGGUUAAACACAAGGGAGAGAGGAGCGAGAACCCCACAGCCAAACGCAGACAGGUUAAAAAAAAAUUCUGCAGUGCGUUUAUAACUUUACAACCGAGGAGAUAACUUGUAUAUAGAUUGAUGAUGGCCGGUUUGUUGCGUUUAUAGCCGCUGUGUGACAUAAUAGCCUAAUUCACAAAGUCUGCACAGUCUUUCUGCAAGGUUCCCCGUUGGACUGGCCGCCACUUCAUCAUCACGGCGUGCGUCUCCUCCUCGGCGCCCUAAACCGAUUAUCGGCUGAAGCGCACACAAGCAGCGGCAGCAGCAUCAGCAGCAGCAGCAGCAGCCCGGCUGUGACACCCGUCCGAUCCAGCUGCAGACUGUGCUCAGGCUGGGUGGCUGCUGCACUGGCACCAUGGAGCAAAAAUCCCCCAAACCCGGAGGCUCCGGCCGGGGCCAGGAGUCCAUGUCCUACCAGCGAAGGAUGUGGAAGAAUUUCCAGGAGAAAACCAAGCCGUGGCUCAGUCCGAAGCUGGGCUCGGAGCGCCGCGGAGCCGCGGGUGGAGCGGAGGGCACCAAGCGGGAGUCCGGCUUGUGGAUGUUCAAGAGGAAAAGGAAACAGCUGGACCGGGUGUUUUCGUCGUCGCAGCCGAACUUAUGCUGCUCCACUCCGGCGCCUUUUGAGGGAGACAACAAGCUCGCCGCUGGCGGAGGCGACGCGACCCCGGAGAUGAGCUCCGGCCGUCAGGCUCCGGAGACGGGCAGCGGACCGGAGCUGACGGCCCACGGUAGCCCCAAACUCCCCUUGUCCCAGCUGAUGAUGUACCAGCAGAAGAGCUCCUCUCUCGGUUCGGCGUGCUUCGAGAAGCUGGUGGUGGAUCCCGCCGCGGAGCCCGGAGGAGAGGAAGAGCAGCUGCGUAAAAACGCAAGCGAUUCUGGCAUCAACAUUGUUGGACCUAAUGCAGAGUCUCAGCCUCAUCUACCUUGUGCAGCCAUGUUCCAAUUGGAUAUUGUCUUGAAGAAAGGGAAAAAUCUCGCCAUUCGUGACCGAACAGGGACCAGCGACCCAUAUGUGAAGUUUAAAAUCGGAGGGAAGGAAGUGUUCAGAAGCAAGACGAUCCACAAAAAUCUAAACCCAGUGUGGGAUGAGAGAGUUAUUCUUUUGGUGGAAACUCUCAGGGAGCCCCUUUAUGUCAAGGUAUUUGACUAUGACUUUGGACUUCAGGAUGAUUUCAUGGGCUCAGCAUAUCUACACCUGGAGUCACUGGAACACCAAAGGACACUGGAUGUGACUCUGGACCUGAAGGACCCACAGUACCCUGAGCAUGACCUGGGUAGCCUGGAACUCACUGUCACUCUGUCACCAAAGGAAGGAGACAUAAGGGAUGCUACCAUGCUUUUGAGAAGAAACUGGAAACGAUCUAGUAAGUAUCAGAGUAUGAGGCUCUCGGAUGUGCACAGGAAAGCACAGCUCUGGCGAGGUAUCGUCAGCGUCAGUCUAAUUGAAGGUCGCAACCUGCAGCCCAUGGACACCAACGGCUUCAGUGAUCCUUAUGUCAAGUUCAGGUUGGGUCAUCAAAAGUACAAGAGCAAGACAAUUCCCAAAACACUAAACCCGCAAUGGAGAGAGCAGUUUGAUUUCCACCUGUAUGAAGAGCAGGGAGGCUUUGUGGACAUCACAGUCUGGGACAGAGAUGCUGGCAAGAAGGAUGACUUCAUGGGCAGGUGUACUGUCGACCUGUCACUUCUCAGUAAAGAACACACUCACAAGCUGGACUUGCCGCUGGAGGAAGGAGAAGGCGUUCUGGUGCUGCUGGUCACACUCACUGCAUCGGCCGCGGUUUCAAUCUCAGAUCUGUCCGUCAACAUGUUGGAUGAUCCAAAGGAAAGGCGCCAGAUUAUGCAAAGAUAUAGCCUCUGGAGGUCGCUUCACAACUUGAAAGAUGUCGGCAUGGUGCAGGUGAAGGUCAUCAGAGCUGAGGGACUCAUGGCGGCAGAUGUCACAGGUAAAAGUGAUCCUUUUUGUGUGGUGGAGCUGAGCAAUGAUCGACUGCAGACACACACCGUCUACAAAAAUCUAAACCCAGAGUGGAACAAGGUCUUCACUUUCAACGUCAAGGACAUCCACUCAGUGCUUGAGGUUACCGUUUACGACGAGGACCGGGACAGAAGUGCCGACUUCCUUGGGAAAGUGGCUAUCCCUUUGCUAAAUAUCCAAAAUGGAGAACGCAAAGCCUACGUCUUGAAGAGCAAGGAGCUGACAGGGCCAACAAAAGGGGUCAUCUUUCUCGAAAUAGACGUGAUUUUUAAUGCUGUGAAGGCUGGUCUCAGGACGUUGACUCCCGUCGAACAAAAGUACAUCGAGGAGGAGCCUAAAGUGUCCAAACAGAUGCUUUUGCGCAACUUCAACCGAGUCAGACGCUGCAUCAUGUUCCUGAUCAACACAGGCUGCUACAUCAACAGCUGCUUCGAAUGGGAAUCUCCGCAGAGAAGCAUCUGUGCUUUUGUGAUUUUCACCAUUGUUGUCUGGAACUUUGAGCUUUAUAUGAUUCCCUUGGCUUUGCUUCUGCCGUUGGCCUGGAACUACAUUCUCAUCGCAUCGGGGAAGGAUACGAGGCAAGAUGUCCAAGCUGUGGAGGACCUGCUGGAAGAUGAGGAUGAGGAUUUUGACAAAGAUGACAAGGACCCUAAACAAGGCCCCUGGGAGGACAGCCAUGAUAAAAACCAUAUCCUCGAGGAUAUAUUGGCUUCCUGGCACUUUGAGUGGAUACGAGUGAUGGUGGACUCGGAGAGAAAGGGCUUCAUGAACAAGCUUUAUGCCAUUCAGGACGUGUGCAUCAGCGUGCAGAAUGCACUGGAUGAAGUGGCCUCCUACGGCGAGAGGAUAAAGAACACAUUUAACUGGACUGUGCCUUUCUUAAGCUGGUUAGCGAUUGUAGCUCUCGUUAUAGUCACAAUCAUAAUCUACUUCAUUCCACUGCGGUUCAUCGUGCUGGCCUGGGGGGUUAACAAGUUCACAAAGAAAUUGCGGGACCCUUACACCAUUGACAACAACGAGCUGCUGGACUUUCUGUCCAGAGUGCCCUCAGACGUACAAGUGGUGCAGUACCAACAGCUGAAACUGGAUCCCAAUCCCAGUCCAAAUAAAAGGAAGAAAAACAACCCCGGGUAGAUCGCUGCAUCUGCCCACGGACUCCUCUCUCCUUCAUUUCUUUUCCUGCUGGUUGGAUGCUGGACGCUGAGAAGCCAAGCCUGGGCUGAACCAUCCUUCUUCUAUUUAUAUCCUGCUGUAUUUUGUUGAACUUCAUUUCUCCCUUCAGUAGGCUUUACACUUUCUCUAAUUUUAUAUGAGCAAAGACUUCAAGUAAUCUUAUUAUUAUUAUUGUAUUGUAUGCAUUAUGUAUUGAAUCAUUUUUGUACCAGCCACGUGAGCCGCUGUGUCCUUCCCUCUGGGAGUGUGUGCGCUUGCCACAGUAGUUAAACAGGUUCAGUUAAAUUAUCUGUAGAUAAUAGAUGCUAUUUAGAUCAACAUGAGAUAUAAAUCCAGGCCUUAAACGAUCAUUCUCAACAUUUCUUUAGCUUGUACUAUAGCUUUGAAGCUUUUUUGGUACAAUGUUUCUAUUUUCUAAUUGUUUUUUAUACUAUUACGUCCUCAUUUUUUUUAAUCUCCUCUUGAAUGUUUUGACAAUUUUAUGUUUUGCUGGCAGUAAUUCGAGUUGCUGCUGUCUAAAUUAACGAGCCGAUUUCGUCCCAGGUGCAUCUCGGUAAAUUAAAUUAUCAUUAAAUCGUUGGCUGGACCGAGAGCCCUGAGAGCCACCAUGCUCCAGAUGUGUCCAGGAUGUGGUCACCCUGUGUGUUAAGCCACUCCAGAACCAGAGACGAUGUCAGAAGCGUCUUACCUUGAUGAAGAAAUCAGAGAACUGGACUGUUGCUGAGUGCGGGCUGCAGAUCUCUUCUUAGAUGAGGGGGGCACGUUCGAUGGGUUUUACAUUUCAGAUCGACACCAAGCCUCUUAAGUCUGGUUUUUAUUUUCCAGUAGGACUCGGUAACAGCCUGCACUGCCAAAAGUACCAAUGCCUGCUUUAAUAACCGCGGUAUCACUGUGCUCGAUCACGGGCCCCUCAGACAAUCUAUGAAGAGACUCCAGAUCCAACGGUUGAAGCUGAAGGGUCGCUAUUACAUUAUCAAAAAAUAAGUAAAUAAAUCAAAAACUUUUGUAAUUAGUCUUCUAUAAUUUCUUAAACCAAACCCAGAAAUAUUUUGCUGUAGAUAAUGAACUUGGAACAAUUUGCCAUUUGGAGCCAAAAAUAAUAUAAUAUUCAAAUUUAUCGAGAUGCAGUUGUGAAAAAGAACCUGGACCAACAGGCCACGAGUUCCUGUUUUUCUCACGAAACCAAUGAGUAGGAACAAGGUUGAGCAUUGGAUCUCUAGAAAGUGUGCAGUUUAACCCCGUCAGCACCAUCAGUCAGUCGGUACGACACGCUGCGGACUGGGCCUGCUGUCGCUGUGCUUAUAUAGACGUCACCCGGUCUAUGCAGAGUGUCAUCGAGCAGGCAGGCAGGCAGGCCGGCACAGCCCUAAUCUUGUUUGAAAGGCCGGUCUCUUUCCCUCUCAUCUCCCUGUGUGUUUGCCUUGGCGGCCACACAUGAAAGCGUUUACACACGAGGCGCACGUCUGCAGCGCGGGCACGCAUGCAGACACACAGAGCCUCUGCCUCUCUUCCUCCCUCCCAGGAGGGAAGAGAGAAAGAACGCAUCUCCGGUAGGAAGUCUUGCACACCGUAACUACUUGCUCGCAGAUAGAAAAACAGUGUCAUAUUUGAGCAGGAACGGUUUCUCCCUCUCAACCAAGCACACACACGCGCACACACACACAGGCAGACAUGCAAGCAUGCUCUCUAUGAUGCUGCGCCCCGGGCUGGCCGCCCUCUCCAUCUGCCCCACCUCCUGUGCCCACAGCUCAACUUUGAUCAGCCCUUCCAGAGACACGGGCGUGUAUGUGCACGCUGUGUAUUUACAGAGGAGUGUUUGCAUACACACGUUUAUGCAAUCAAAGAUUCUCUCAGCGUCAGUGUGUGGUACAAUUGCAUCUCCCCUCCAGCUCUAGACUGACACUCAGAUUCGAUGUGUGUGUGUACGUGUGCGUGUAUGUGCUGCAGCAGAGGCACCAGCUGUUUUUCGGUGUUGACUUUGUGGAGAUGCUUGAUGAGCAGCAAGUCAUUGUGUGACAAGACAAGGCUCUGAGGGGACUUAGGCCUGAGAUGUCAGGGAUGGAGGAAUAUUUGUGUGUGUCUGCGUGUGUGUGCAUGUCUUUUAUCCUAUUUCAAAACACACGUCCCGUCAUGCUUUCCCCGUUUGCUCUCUCUGCGGUUUCCUCAUUCGUCAGUAAGCAGGGUUGCGACCCUGUCUGAAGGGAUGGUCUCUUGGGCUCCUUGUAGAGCUUCUCUUGAAAGAUCACAGCACAGGCUAUGUUUGAGGAGGUCCUGUCUCAUCCUAUUGAUCCCUGCCUCCAUUUCCCACUGCCUUCACUUCUUUGUCUGACUGUCUUUAAGUCAGUAAAACCCCGGCUCACUGCAUCUAGUGUCGUCUUCUCCCCUCAUCCGUCUGUCUCUGUGCCGCCGCCUUCCACCUUUUGAAGCUCCGCUCUGCUUCAUAGGUUUGUUCCCGUCCUCCGAUAAAUGAUUUUAUCGUUCAAUUCAUUUGGGAAGCGGUAAUAAAACUUUUCUUCGAGCAUUGCCACAAACUUGUUACCUGAGAGGAUGGCGCUUUUGUUUUGCCCGAUGAACUGCUUGAAUACUUGACACUUUUGUUUUUACUGCAACAGUGCCUGUAUCAUUUGUUGACACCCCCAGUACUGAGUAUAAAAAGCCUCAAUUUUUUUAUUGCAACAAGAUAAUCUCACACAAGAACAAACCCAAAAUCUUUAGUGGGGAAAAUAUUAUAUUAAGAAAUCAGCACCUACUGUAACAGUUCCCAGUAAAUAGAUGUACCUGAACCAUCUUUAAAACACAUAUUCAUAUGUUUUAAAUUGAUCAGAGAUUAUAAGAAACCCUACUUAGUCAUUGAUCACCUGCUGUUUUCUGGGGUUUAAAUAUGACAUGUCACAUUUUGUCAACUCUACAAAUACAGAAAAAAAAUCAAGGCAACAUGCCUUUUAUGUAACAGAUAUAAGUUUAAAGUGUAGACCAAUUGAAUGGUUUGGUUAAUUUUUCCAUUUUCCAUGUAUGCCUGUUGCAGAAAUCAGGAGUUACAUGUGAAAUCAACACUAAGAAAUUCAAUAUGUAGCUUCUUAAACCCUCCACCGCCAAAAAAAAAAAAAACCCACAAACAGAAACACACAAACAAAAAAACAAAACAAAACAUAGUGUUAAAUGAACCAUUUUCAGACUUGUCGUUUUUUUUUUUAUAGGAUAAACAAGUGGACCUUGUUUUCCACAGGAGACUCUCACUGUGGACACAUUCUCAGAAGUCUUAAUGACAUUUUCUUGAAGAAUGUAUAAGAACAUGAUCAGCCGUUGAAAUGUUUAGUGCAUUAGUGGGGAAAUGCCUUUUAUGUACCCAGCCGCAUAACCCAAUAAGCCGAGUUAAGUUCGGAUGCAGUUUUUUAGAUCGUAAUCUUCAUAGUUAAUGCCUCCCAUGACAAACAGAGCUUUAAUUAUCGUCAGAACCCGUUUGGUUUCUUCAUAAAUUAUGCUCACAUCAACCUGUUGCCAUUUACAUUUUUUACAGUAGUUUCUCCAUUUUUGUAGUUUUCAUUUGCUGCUUCCAUGUGUUGUCCUGUUUGUUAAAGUAUUUGUUGCAGUGUUACCAAUUACUUUGCCAUUUGUGAGUUUACAAAAAUGAUUUCUUAGCCCCACCACAUAAAAGUAAUGCAAUUUAAUGUCAGAUUCUAAAAAAAACAUUUUGUAUUGUUAGACAAUGCUGUUGCUGCAAUCGAAAAAAGACAACAAAAAAAAAUCUGGCUUUUUCAAAUCUUCACUUGGGGUAUCAACUAAUUUGUCAGUGACUUUGUGUUGCAGAUUUGAGUGUGGUAAUGCAUCCAAAUGUCCCUUUUUGUAUGUCGAGAAAAAAAUGAAUAAGAAGAAUGUAUUGCGCUGACAGCUGUAAAGGAAAGAGAAGCACUUUUAUUUGAAUGAGACUAUUUAUUUUUUAAAGAAUACUGUACAUAGCUAACUGAUUAAUGUAUGGUUGUAUUUUAUACAGUAUGCCUGUUGAUGUUCUGGUAAUAAUAGUAAAGUAGGUGUAUUGCCUGCCUUGAUUUUUUAAUUUUUUUAAUGUUUGUCUUGUCUGCCUGCAAAAUCUUUUGCUUGUGACAUCAUCUCUGUGUCCCUUUACAACCAACAAAAUUUACAGACAUCACAGCUGGAAGGAAGGGCAUAAUAUGUUGUAUACCUCUAAUUUAAGUAAUGAUGAUCAUCUGAUAAAUGUGGCUUAUUUUGGGUCAAAAAAUAGUGAAACUAAAACUUUCAAUUAAAUAUUUUUUAUCAACUUC